AUGUCCUUGCCCCCCAAAUGCAUCUUGCUGCACUUGCCCGUUGUCAGACAGACAGCGGAUGAUCCCCGCCUCUUGGAAUACGCCCGUGCUACCUACAGCUGCCCCUUGUGCCUCGGAGAUGCGUACCAUAUGUUUCGGGAGGCCUAUCCGUACUUGCGACUUUUCAAUCAGAUGCUUAGCGGAUAUGCUGGUUGGCACAAGCAACAUCCAUCCGGUGGGUUGGACAUUUUCGGGGAGGUUCCCAGCAAAGGCCAGAAACAGGACCAGGACACCAAAACGUGCUUGAAGCGCAACGACCACCCGUUCGCCAGUUUCUCCAGGAAGUCCAAGGAUAUUGCCUCUUUUGGCGCAGCUUGGUUCUCAAGCUCCAGUCUUGGCCUUGUACGAAAGCAAUUCGCUACCAGACCCCUGGCAUCUCACACCCGCAGAGAUCAUUUCACGACCCAGACUGCGAAUGUCUGUGAGGCGUUCCGAUGA